AUGUUCGAAUCUAUUGGCGAUGCUCGGGCAUACAUCCGUGCCUUCUUCAACAAAUACGAUGACUUUGAUUACGAUCCUACCAAACCCGUAAUGGAAGAGUUUUAUCGCAUGUGCGACCAUUAUUCUUGGAGUAGUGAGAAGGACAAGAAUCGAAGGUACCUUAACAAGGCUCGCGAAAAAGCUGGUGAAGGUUUCAAGGAUGCACUUACACUUCAGUUCAAUACCAUCUAUGGAACCGAUGAGAACAGCUUACUUGCUUGGCAGAAUCUGUGUAUUGUCUUGAAUUUAGGAAACAUACCCGAGGAGCUCAAUGCUUGCCGCGAUCUGAUUCGCUCGAUGUACGUCAACAUAGUCGACCUCGUCGAUGUUCCCAUUACGUUGAGCUUCGUAACGCAUUUCAAGUCCGAAAUGGCUCUCAGCAGAUAUACAAAGUACCACGGAAAAUACUUCCCCCUCGAGAAUGCAUAUGCUGGUGGCUUGCUCAAGUUUUUGCUUCGUCGGAUUAGGGUACCACGGCGAGACGCAUGUGACAGUGUACGUGACUUAGAUAGCGAUAACCAACCAAGCCAAGCCACCGGCCUGCAACGCUGGAGAGGUAGCUCACGAAACUGGAGUUUGGAAUACAAACGUGACAAUUGGGUGGCUGAUCAUGGCGAAAUAGAACGGGAGGGUAGUAUUAUCGGUGUGGUUGAAUGGUUCUCCGAAUGA